AGUUUAUUUGUCGCUCAGCAACCAUAGUUGUGUUAUGGCGGAAAACUUAUUGAAACAUAAUUUCGAUGAAUUUUCUUCUUAGUUCAUCUAAAUAACCAAGUGACAAGUGAAAGAUUUCAUUUCGAUAUAUUAAUUGGAUAUUUAAAUAUUCUUAUGCGUUAAAACAAAGCUCAUCAUAAAUAGAUUAUAGAAAUGAAUGGGGAAAGUGCUUUAUUUGAGAAAAGAAAACCCCAUCCUCCAAGAGAGACAAACAACUUAUCGUUGUCAUUACAACUGAAAUCACGACUGAGCUCAAAACCAGAAGGUAUAAGAGAAACGCCAUCCAGAUCAUUAACUUUUCAAAGACCGACACAAGCGCAAUUGCGUAGCGCUGCUAUACCCGCAGCUGCAAAAUUGGAACCCUUGCCACAAUUGCAAAGCUAUCAAAAUCAACAAAGUCCAGAGUAUAUACAAAGGAAGGCCAAGGAAAAGCUACUAGAACAGGAUUAUAGUACAACAGAAGAUGACGAACCUUAUCAGAAGAGGAAAAAGAUUGGAGCAGUUGAGCCACUGAGAGAUUCAAUCAUUACACCCCCACCUAGACUUCCAGAAGAACUACAAAGGAAACAGUCUGACUUAGAAAAAUCUAUGAGUUUAGAAAAGGAUGAACUAACUACUCCAAGGCCUGUAUCAGUCUUAGCACCGGCUCCACCUCCUCCACCUCCGGCAAGAACACCCAGAGGAACUGGCCACGCCGAUUCGGCUAGUAAACCAGCGCAAGUAUAUCCGUCGUUUCGAACAAAUUACAACGGAUUGAACAAACCAUUAGAAAUCAUUGAGAUAAUCAGGAAGAAUCCUUCUGUUGGAUUCUUUUAUUUAACUCCUGCAGUGAGCAAGGAUUCAGUAGAUUAUCAUUAUUAUAAUUUAAAAAUCUGUGAACAUGAGAAAGCCAGUAAAGAAGACCAUUGUACAAUCAGUCAGAAAGGUGUUAUAAGGAUGAGAGCAGAUGAUGAAACUGAAUUUACACCAUUAGAUAGAUGGGAACAAGAAUAUAAAUAUUUUCAGCGGCUUGUUAAAAUUCCAGUUUUCAAAUUAUUCCGCAAGUGGAAAGCAUUCACAGUUUGGCGUAAUAACGUUAGAACAACGAAAGUUAAGGAUUGUAAGAAGGCUUUAACGGAGAAUUUAUUUAUUGUCAAUUCUUCAUUACGACCGGCACUUUUAAAUGUCCGUGAAAUGUGCUAUCGUAUCAGCGAUAUGGGCUUGUGUAAGGUCGAAAAGGGACACACUUAUAGAUUGGACGAAUUCUGCUCCGCUCAACAUAACCAGUUACAAGAAGUCUCUGAACGUCUAAAAGAAUUCCGUGAACUUGUGAAAGAAGUUGUUAGAUCAGCUUGUAGAACUGCUUUACUAGAAGCGGGUUUUACUCCGGAUGAUUAUUUUUACGACUCCUCCGAGAGUCCUGGCAUGGAAGGAGGAAUACCAGGAACAGCUUCUAGUUAUUAUGCUCAGAAUAGCGUUUAUGAUAUGGAUAUCUAUGGCGAAGCUCCGGAUAAGAUGACCUACACUGAACAAGCAAAUAAAAGAUCUCAUUGCAAGAGAUUGACCUGCUUCAUAAGAUUAGCAGACUACCUAAUUGUCAACACUAUGCAUGUUCUUGCUGUAAAUUCUGUUGAAACUUUGUUGAAUUAUCUUAAAGAACAAUUGGAAAAUACGCCAAGCCUUUUAGAAAUUCAAUCCACACAUCCCGUCAUUACUGAAGAGGAUGCCAUACCACGAUCAGAGGAUGAACCUCCGAAAGUUAGACAACAAAGUGCUAGGCAAAAACCACAAACAGCUCCAGCAGCUAACGAAGAAGAAGAAGAAGGAGCUCAUUUAGUUCCUCCACUUUUCCUCACUGAAUUUUUCAUAGAACCAGCAAAUCUUAUUUUUCAACCGGAUGAAGAUAAAUUUCAGAAUGAAAUUAAGAAAGUUAUCGAUGAAUUUCAAUCUUGUGUACUCGAUGUAAAAAAUUUGGUACCUGAUAAUUAUUUUGAUGCCUUUACAAGACCAUUAAUUAAUAGUAAAUUUGAAGAAAAAACUUGCGGAGAUGGCCCUGGUCUGGAGGCUAUGUUUGAAGAUGAUAAACACUUGCAAGAUAGAAUAGGAAAUAUUCGAGAUGCUUUAAUGGCAGCCUUUAAUUCCGCAAAUAGUUACGCUGAUACUUUCCAAGAAUAUAGACAUUUCUUUAGGGAAAAUGAAAGUUUGGAUUUGGAUGCCAUAAGAAGAGAAAACCACGAUGUUGAUUUCUUCGCCUCUUCUCUGGCUAAAUAUCACCGUCAAGAAAAAAUGGUUGAAGUUAUUAUUAAGAAACGCCUACUCGGAUUGUUGUUGGUUGAUGCAACUGCAAUGAAAGAGAAAUUAGCACCUUCACCUAGACGCUGUUUGGAAGUUGUAAAUGAUAUAUUACCAGUUAAAGCCAGACAGGAAGUGGAUAGAUUAAUUGCCGAGUUACAAGAUGCUCAAUACAAGCUUGAAUUCCUUCCAACCUCGACUGUUGAAUAUGUGGACAGUCUUAAUUUCCUGGACACUGUACAAGAGAGAAUUGGUCCUUUGGAAAAAGAGGCUCAAAUUGUCUCUGAAAUGUAUGAAUUGAUAGAAAAAUUUAAAGUUCCCACACCUCCAGAAGAUUUUGCAGUAUUUCAAACACUAAACCCGUCUAUCAAUAACGUACUCAACAGUAUAGAUAAAUCACUUGCGGAAAGAGAUAUGAAUGUUGACAAAUUCUGUAAACAUUUAGACAAAGAUAUUGAAGACUUAAACAAGGAAUUGAAGGAAGUUAAACAGGAAUCUCAAAAUCCUAUGAUUCUUGAUCCUAAAGCCGAGAGGGAUAAAGUUAAAGCCAGCCUAUUAAAAAUGCACAAGACCAUGGAAGAAUUACAACAGAAAGCUUUUCUUUACAAGUCAUAUCAAAAGAACUUUAAAGUAGAAGUAACAAAAUACGAAGAACUAGAAGAAGUCCACGCAGAGUUGAAGUUGAAGCAACUUUUGUGGGAUUCUCUAGAAGAAUGGGAAAAUUGCGUCUCUGAAUGGACUGAUGCGAAAUUCGAAGAACUUGAUCCCGAAACUUUAACAGCUACUACUACCAAAUAUGGUAAAACAGUUGUCCAAUUGGAAAAAGGUUUACCUCCAAAUGGAGUUGUUCCUUUGGUUAAAAACAAAGUAAAUCUUAUGAGAGAAAAACUACCUGUUAUUUCUGACUUGAGAAAUCCGAAUUUGAAGAAGAGACAUUGGGAAAUGAUUGAAAGCGUUUUGGAUUAUAAUUUCACUGAUGAAGAGCCUAUAACGUUAGGGAGAUUGGAGGAGAUUGAUGCCUUCAGACAUACAGAAUCCAUACAGGAAAUCUCAGGACAAGCCAGCUCGGAAGCUGGAUUGGAGGGACUACUGAAAAAGGUAGAAGAUUCUUGGAAGGCAACGGAAUUCGUUGUACUACCAUACAAAGACCAGAAAGAAGUUUAUAUUCUUGGUGGUACGGAUGAUAUUCAAGUUCUUUUGGACGAAAGCAACAUAAACAUUCAAACUAUUUCCAGUUCUAGACAUGUUGGACCAAUAAAACCAAAAGUUGAUGAGUGGAUAAAGCAACUGGAUCUUUUCGGAAAGACCCUGGAAGAUUGGUUAAAUUGCCAAAGACAAUGGCUCUAUCUGGAAUCUAUUUUUUCGGCUCCCGACAUAGCUAGACAACUUCCUGCAGAGGCAAAAAUGUUUAAUCAAGUUGACAAGAGCUACAAGGAUAUUAUGCGUAAAGUUCAUAAGGUACCAUUGGCAAUGAGAAUUACAGCAGUUCCAGGUAUGCUGGAAACGUUUAGACAGAAUAAUGCCCUACUCGAUCAGAUUCAAAAAUGUUUGGAAGCCUAUUUGGAAUCCAAAAGAGUUAUCUUCCCAAGAUUUUACUUUUUAUCAAAUGAUGAAUUAUUGGAAAUUUUGGCGCAAACAAGAAAUCCAUUGGCUGUACAACCGCAUCUCAGAAAAUGCUUCGACGCAAUCGCCAAAUUGGAAUUCGGUGUUGUUGAAAAGAAAACUGAAAGAUCAUCGGAAGGUGGAGAUAUCGAUGGACCAGUGCCUCCUCCAGCUGGAGAUGAUGAAGUUACAUACACUAACGAUAUUCAUGCAAUGAUAUCACCAGAAGGGGAACGAGUGUCGUUAGGACCUGGUCAAAGAGCAAGAGGAAAUGUCGAAGAUUGGCUUGGUAAAGUAGAAGAAGCUAUGUACAAAAACCUAAGAUUGUUAACGAAAGCUGCUAUUACCGAUUAUGAAAACCGAAGCAAAGAGGAUUGGGUCGCUCAACACUGCUCCCAAAUUGUACUUACAGUUUCCCAAAUGUUCUGGUGUAAGGAAGCAACACAAGCUCUUGAUACUAAUACUCUAAAGGAAUUUGAACAAAAGAAUUUCAAAGAUUUGAACAAAAUGGCUGCUAUAGUAAGAGGUGAUAUGACCAAAUUACAGAGAGCUAUAUUAUGCGCUCUCAUCACAAUCGAUGUACAUGCUAGAGAUAUGGUAACUGGUAUGGUUCAUUCCAAAGUAAAUAGUACAAAUGAUUUCGAAUGGCAAAAGCAGCUAAGAUACUAUUGGGAAGCUGAUGUAGAUGAUUGCGUUGUAAGAAUGUCAAGUUCUUAUUACAUAUAUGGAUACGAAUAUUUAGGAGCUUCUCCGAGGUUGGUUAUAACACCCUUGACGGAUAGAUGCUACCUAUGUUUAAUGGGAGCUUUACAAUUGGAUUUGGGAGGUGCCCCAGCCGGGCCAGCAGGUACAGGAAAGACAGAAACUACUAAAGAUUUGGCUAAAAGUUUAGCGAAACAAUGCGUCGUUUUCAAUUGCUCAGAUGGUUUAGAUUAUAAAAUGAUGGGACGUUUCUUUUCCGGUCUCGCCCAAUCUGGAGCUUGGUGUUGUUUUGAUGAAUUUAACCGUAUUGAUAUUGAAGUAUUAUCUGUAAUCGCUCAACAAUUGAUCACUAUCCGUAAUGCUAAAGCGGGCAAGCUCGCCAAAUUCAUGUUUGAAGGUAGAGAAAUCAAGCUAGUCCAAUCUUGCGCAGCGUUUAUCACUAUGAACCCUGGUUACGCUGGGCGUACAGAACUGCCUGAUAACUUAAAAGCACUUUUCAGACCAAUCGCUAUGAUGGUACCGGAUUAUCGUUUAAUUGCUGAGGUUAUCCUCUAUUCAGAAGGUUUUGAAGAUUCAAAAACUUUGGCUCAAAAAAUGACGCAAAUGUAUAAAUUAUGCUCGGAACAACUUUCGCAACAAGAUCACUACGAUUUCGGUAUGAGAGCAGUAAAAUCUGUUUUGGUUAUGGCAGGUUCGCUUAAAAGACAAAAUCCCGAUAAAUCAGAAGAUGUUGUUCUAAUCAGAGCUCUUAGAGAUUCCAAUCUACCAAAAUUCCUUCAACAAGACGCCAUUCUUUUCCAGGCCAUAUUGCAAGAUUUAUUCCCUGGAGUAGACAUCCCCGAACACGAUUAUGGUCGCCUCCAAAAGGAAAUUGAAUACGUAACAGCCGAUGCUGGCUUACAAGUUGUUGAUUCUCAAACGAAAAAGAUUAUUCAAUUUUACGAAACGAUGUUGGUUCGACACGGAGUUAUGCUUGUUGGACCUGCUGGAGGUGGAAAAUCAACUGUUUAUCGGAUGUUGGCUAAUGGCCUAUCGAGGUUAAAGACACUCGCAAAAACUGCUGAGAAUUUAGUUGAUGAGGGAUUGGAUAAUCCUUUUUAUCAACCGGUUCACCUUCAUAUACUCAAUCCAAAGUCAAUAACUAUGGAUGAAUUAUAUGGUGGAAUAAAUAAAUUGACUCUUGAAUGGCAUGAUGGUCUAAUGGCCAUCAAGGUAAGAGAGGCGUGCCAAGAUACCAGCGAGGAUCAUCACUGGGUGGUGUGCGACGGUCCUGUAGAUGCUUUAUGGAUUGAAAAUAUGAAUACAGUAUUGGAUGAUAAUAAAAUGCUUUGCUUAGCCAAUUCGGAACGUAUUAAAUUGACACCGUUUAUUCAUAUGUUGUUUGAAGUACAAGAUUUGGCUGUAGCUAGUCCGGCUACAGUCUCUCGUUGCGGUAUGGUUUAUAUUGAUUCAAAGGAAUUAGGAUGGCUACCCUACGUACAAACUUGGAUGACUGAAAAGGGUAAAAAAUUCAAACAAGAGACUAGGGAAUAUAUCAUGGAGAUGUUUGACAAAUACGUCGAACAAGGCUUGAAAUUUAUUAGCAAAAAAUGUACUCAGGGAAUGCCCCAAGUCGAUAUCAGUAAAGUCGUAACGCUAUGUAAACUUCUCGAAGCGCUACUUUUGAUGCCAGGUUGUCCAGACUUGAAACAGGAUAUCGGGAAACUACAUCCACUUGUUGCCCUAACAUUUGUAUUUAGCUACAUGUGGUCAAUUGGAGGUAACUUAUCUCAUAAUAGUUGGGACGCUUUUGACACGUAUGUUAGGCAAAUCUUCGAAGAUCAAGGAGACGCUAAGUUGCCAAAUGUUGGAGAUUUAUGGAGUUGUUAUAUAGAUUUUGAUAUGCGUAGAAUGGACCUUUGGGAACGUACUGUUACGCCAUUUAAAUAUAAUAAGGAAAUUCCAUUCUUUGAAAUGUUAGUUCCAACUGUUGAUACUGUUAGAUUUGGAUUUUUGAUGGAGAAAUUAUUAUCUGUACAUCAAUCUGUUCUAUUUACCGGUGGAACUGGUGUUGGUAAAUCUGUAAUUGCUAGGGGAAUGCUUAAUGAUGUUGGAUUGAAAUCUGGUUAUGUGCCAGUUUUUCUUAAUUUCUCCGCUCAAACUAAUAGUAAUAGAACUCAGGAGAUGAUUGAGGGAAAGUUGGAAAAGAAGAGAAAAACAAUAUUAGGAGCGCCUGCUGGAAAACGAGUUAUCAUCUUCGUAGAUGAUCUUAAUAUGCCAAAGCUGGAGGUUUAUGGUGCUCAACCGCCUAUUGAGUUACUUCGCCAGUAUCAAGAUUAUGGAGGAUUGUAUGAUAGAGAGAAACUUUUCUGGAAAGAAAUACAUGAUGUUACAUUUUGCGCUGCAUGCGCACCACCUGGAGGAGGUCGAAAUCCUGUCACUCCCAGAUUCGUUCGGCAUUUUAGCAUGUUCUGCAUCCCACCACCAAACGAACACAGUCUGAAGCAUAUGUUCACAGCUAUUUUGAAUGGUUUCCUUUACGAUUUUACACACGAUGUCAGAAAGUGCACCGAUUUUAUCGUAGCAGCUGCAGUUGAGAUCUACGAACGGAUGUCUACAGACUUGUUACCAACUCCUGCAAAAUCUCAUUACGUUUUCAAUCUUAGAGAUUUAUCCAAAUGCGUACAAGGAAUCUUACAAGCUGAUUCAAGUACUAUAAGAGAGAGUAAGCAAAUAUUCCGUCUCUUCUGUCAUGAAGCUCUCAGAGUAUUCCACGAUCGUUUGGUCAACAACGAAGACAAAACAUUCUUCUAUUCAAUUCUCAGUGAAAUGGCAUCAAAACACUUUGGAGAGAACGUCGAAGCCGAAUCAUUCAUCACUAAUCCAGUAAUAUUCGGCGAUUACAUCAAAAUGGGAUUAGAUAGACAAGAUAGAGUCUAUGAAGAUUUAUCCGGAAAUUUAGCAAAAGUUAGAUCGAUUCUUGAAGAUUAUUUGGGUGAUUUCAAUCUAACAAGUACCAAAGAAAUGAAGCUUGUCUUCUUCCUUGACGCUGUCGAACAUAUUUCCCGUAUAGCAAGAAUGAUAAGGCAAGAUAGAGGAAACGCUCUACUUGUCGGUGUUGGAGGUUGUGGAAAGCAAUCUUUAACUAGACUGGCUAGUCAUAUGAACGGUUAUAAAUGCUUUCAAAUUGAACUAAGUAGAGGAUACGAUUAUUCGUCUUUCCAUGAAGACUUGAAAAAGUUAUAUACAAGUGCUGGAGUUGAAAAUCAGCAUACAGUUUUCCUCUUUACCGAUACUCAGAUUGUUGUUGAAGAGUUUUUGGAAGAUAUUAAUAAUAUUCUUAAUUCGGGAGAAGUACCAAAUCUGUUUGAACCUGAUGAACAUGAAAAAUUGAUAAUUGGAUGCAGACCUGCCGCAAAAGAAGCAGGAAUUGCAGAAGGAAAUAGAGACGCUAUUUUUGAUUUCUGUAUAAACAGAGUUCGAAACAAUUUACAUGUUGUUCUAUGUAUGUCACCCGUGGGAUCAGCUUUUAGGACAAGGUGCAGAAUGUUCCCGUCAUUAGUAAACUGCUGUACAAUUGAUUGGUUUACCGAAUGGCCAAGAGAAGCUUUAUUAGGCGUUUCAAAAUCAGCUUUUGAAGAAGUUGAUCUCGGUUCUGACGAACUUAAAAACAAAGUCUCGGAAAUGUGCGUAGAUAUUCAUACAUCUGUUCAAAAUAUGGCUACUAGAUUCUACAAAGAAGUAAAAAGACAUUAUUAUACAACACCAACUAGUUAUUUGGAACUGAUCAAUCUCUAUAUUCAAAUGUUAGGCGAUAAGAAAAGGAGUCUAGAAUUAGCUAGAGAUCGUGUAAAGAAUGGUCUAACUAAAAUCUUCGAAACUAAUGAAUUAAUUACAAAUAUGGAAAAGGAACUCGUUGAAUUAGAACCAGAAUUGAAAAAGAAAAGUGCUGAUACCGAAACUCUUAUGGAGAAAUUAGUUGUCGAUCAAGAAAAAGCUGAUACUGUGAGAAAAGUCGUUAUGGAAGAUGAGGCGGUGGCCAAAGCGAAAGAAAGUGAAACAAAAGCUAUCGCUGAUGAUGCCCAAAGGGAUCUUGACGAAGCUUUACCUGCCCUUGAAGCUUCCAAUGCUGCUCUUGAUACAUUGGAUAAGAAUGAUAUUUCUGAAAUUCGAGUGUUUACAAAACCUCCAGAACUUGUACAAACUGUUAUGGAAGCAGUUUGCAUCUUAAUGGGUGGAAAAACUGACUGGGAUGGCGCUAAACGUCUCCUUGGUGAUGGAAACUUGAUUAAAAACCUUAAAGGGUACGAUAAAGAUAACGUAUCUCCUGCAAUCAUCAGGAAAUUGGCUGUCUACAUUAACAAUCCAAAAUUCCAACCGGAAACAGUUGAAAAGGUUUCUAAGGCCUGUAAGAGUAUGUGUAUGUGGGUAAGAGCCAUGGAUACCUAUGCAAAAGUCUUCAAAACUGUUGAACCCAAACGUCAGAAGAAGGAAGCGGCAGAAGCUGAACUUCGUGUUGUUCAAGCUGCUUUGCGAGAGAAGCAAGAAAAAUUAGCAGCAGUUGAAAAACAAAUUGCCGAACUUCAAAAAAUGUAUGACGAUUCCGUAUCGGAAAAGUCAAGAUUGGAAAAGCAAAUGGCUCUAACUCAAGCCAGAUUGAGAAGAGCGUCUAAAUUGACAACUGCCCUUGCUGACGAGAAGAUAAGAUGGGAGGAAUCAGUAGCAAAGUUUGAAGAAGACUUAGGAAACGUUGUGGGUGAUGUAUUUGUCUCAACAGCUUGUGUAGCUUACUACGGUGCCUUUAGUGCUAAUUACCGAUUAGAAUUAGUUAACUUUUGGAUUGAAAAGUGUGCCGAAAAAGGUAUACCAGUUACCCAGGGUAUGACGUUAGUAAACGUUUUGGCUGAUCCAUUUGAAAUACGGCAAUGGAAUUCGGAUGGCCUACCAAGAGAUCAAGUAUCUACUGAAAAUGCAGUAUUAGUUACGAAAGGUCGAAGGUGGCCUUUGAUGAUUGAUCCUCAAGAUCAAGCCAAUAGAUGGAUUAGGAAUAAAGAGGCAAUGAACGGUCUAAAAAUUAUCAAGCUCACAGAUUCAAAUUUCUUAAGAACGUUAGAAAAUUGUAUAAGAAUCGGUAUGCCCGUUCUUCUUGAAGAAGUUGGUGAACAUUUAGAUCCAGCUCUUGAACCAAUUCUUCUUAAACAAACAUUUAAGCAAGGAGGUCGACUUCUCAUUAGAUUAGGAGAUAGCGAUAUCGAUUACGAUAGAAAUUUUAAGUUUUAUAUGACAACCAAAUUGGCAAAUCCUCAUUAUUUGCCUGAAGUUUGUAUCAAAGUGACAAUUAUUAACUUUACAGUUACAAAAGCUGGUUUAGAAGAUCAGUUAUUGUCUGAGGUGGUUUCUCUUGAAAGACCCGACCUAGAAGAACAAAGAAAUCAAUUAAUUGUUAAGAUUAACACCGACAAAAACCAAUUAAAGGCCAUCGAAGAUAGGAUUUUGAAAUUACUCUUUGAAUCUGAAGGUAACAUUUUGGACAAUGAAGAGCUUAUUAACACAUUGAACGAUUCAAAAAUUACUUCCGGUACAAUUACUCAACGUCUUAAAGAGGCAGAACAAACUGAGGCAAAAAUAACACACGCAAGAGAAAAGUAUAGAUCUGUUGCGGCUAAGGGUUCCGUUAUGUAUUUUGUUGUUGCUGAUAUGGGCAAUGUUGAUCCCAUGUAUCAAUUUUCUCUAAAAUACUUCAAACAACUAUUUGCUAAUACCAUUCAAGCGUCAGAAAAGAGUAAAGAUCUUCAUACUAGAUUAAACACUCUAUUGGAGAAAACUACCCAAGAUAUCUUUAGGAAUGUUGCUAGAGGUCUCUUUGAAAAAGAUAAGCUAGUCUUUAGUUUUAUGCUUUGUGGCGAAAUUCUUCGACAGCAAAACUUAAUUACUGACGAUGAGUGGAACUUUUUCCUUAGAGGAGCGUCGGGUAUGGAUAGGGAAAGGCCAAAAAAACCAGAUGUUCCAUGGAUAAGUCAAGCAAAUUGGAAUUCGGCUUUCGAUCUUAGCGAUACCCUUGAAUCAUUCAAGAAUAUACAUACUGAAUUAACUAAGACUCCUUGUUUUGUAAAAAUGGGUAAUGUUGAAGUUAGAGCAAACCCGGAGACUGAUCCAAAUUACGUUCCCGAACCAAAGAUAGAUUUGAAAAAUAUACCUAACGAUGAUUCCAUAAAAGGUCAUUGGAAUGAAAGAUUAACAUCUUUUCAAAGGCUUGUGUUUAUUAAGGUUUUCCAAGAAGAAAAAGUCAUAUUUGCAGCAUCUGAAUUCGUUAGAGAAAAUCUUGGCCAAGAAUUCAUAGAAAGUCCCAGUAUUGAUUUAAGUUUAUUAUACGAGGAUAUGAGUCCCGUUACACCUUUAGUUUUUGUACUUUCAACUGGUUCAGAUCCAAUGGGAGCCUUCCAGAGAUUUGCAAAAGAGAAGGGUUUUUCGGAAAAGAUACAAGCAAUAUCAUUAGGUCAAGGGCAAGGUCCAGUAGCUGAAAAGAUGAUCGCAGCCGCAGUUAAAACUGGAGAUUGGGUAUUCUUACAAAAUUGUCAUUUGGCUGCCAGUUGGAUGUUGUCCAUGGAGGAAAUGAUUAAGAAAAUGCAAGAGAAACCACAGGACGUCCACGAAGAUUUCAGAUUGUUCUUGAGUUCAAUGCCGGCGAAAUCUUUUCCCGUAACAGUUCUUCAAAAUGCUGUUAAAGUCACCAAUGAACCACCGAAAGGUCUAAGAGCAAAUGUUCGGAGAGCAUUUGGAGAGUUAACAAAUCAAUUCUUUGAAGAGCAAAUUCUUGGUAUUAAGUGGAGAAGAUUAGUUUUCGGAAUCUGCUUCUUUCACGCUAUCAUACAGGAGAGGAAGAAGUUUGGUCCACUGGGAUGGAACAUUAAAUAUGAAUUUAACGAUAGCGAUCGAGAGUGCGCCCUAUUAAACUUGGACAUGUUCUGCAAAGAAGGCGUUAUUCCUUGGGAUAGUUUAAUCUACAUCACUGGAGAGAUCACAUAUGGUGGUAGAGUAACGGACGCAUGGGAUCAAAGAUGUUUAAAAACUGUUCUCAAGCGUUUCUUCCAUCCAGAAACGCUGAAAGAUGAUUACAAAUUUUCUGAAAGUGGCAUCUAUUACGCACCGAUUAAUGACUCCCUCCAAGAAUACAAAGAUUACAUUGAUAAAUUACCGCUUUUAGACCAACCAGAAAUAUUCGGUAUGCAUGCUAACGCUAAUAUUGCGUUCCAAGUUCAGGAAACAAACAUCUUAAUUGGAACAAUUCUUGACGUCCAACCAAGAUUAUCUAGCGGGGGAGCGGGAAAGAGUAACGACGACAUUGUUUACGAAUUAGCAGAAAGUAUAUUGGAGAAGAUAAUCGAAAAGUUAGAUAUAGAAAACGCUAGAGCAGAUAUGUUGGAACCCGAUGAAAAGGGAAGAGUAAACUCCUUAACAACUGUUUUAACACAAGAAGUCGACCGAUUUAACAAGCUGUUAAGAGUAAUAAGGACUUCUUUGACAGAAUUACAAAAAGCAAUUAAGGGUCUGGUUGUUAUGAGCGAAGAAUUGGAAAGAGUUUACACAUCCUUCCUUAAUAAUCAGGUUCCAAGCUUAUGGGCAAAUGCAGCUUAUCCGUCCCUGAAACCAUUAGCAUCAUGGGUGAAAGAUUUAGUAUUAAGAUGCGAUUUUAUAGCUAAUUGGAUAAGUAGAGGACCACCAAAGAGUUUCUGGUUGUCCGGUUUCUUCUUUCCUCAAGGUUUUCUCACUGGUGUAUUGCAGAAUCACGCCAGAAAAUAUAAUCAAGCCAUUGAUCAUCUCAACUUUAGGUUUAAGACUCUUCCUAAAUACCGUGAUCAAGCAGAAGUGACCGCGGCAACAGAAAAAUUGGACUAUGGAGAAGAAAUAGAUAUGGAUAAAGAUCUUGAACUACCAAGGGAUGGUGUAUUCGUUCAUGGUCUUUUCAUGGACGGAUUCAGAUGGGAUGAUAAAGCAAUGCUGCUAGCUGAAUCAGUACCUGGCGAAAUGUUCUCUUCCCUUCCCAUGUUACAUAUGGAACCACGAGUAGAUUUUACUCCUACUCAUAGAGAUUAUAACUCACCGUUAUAUAAAACUUCAGCACGAGCCGGAACUUUAUCAACAACAGGUCAUUCAACAAAUUUUGUUGUGGCUGUUCAUCUGCCCAGCAAACAACCACAAGAUUAUUGGAUUUCACAAGGCUCCGCUUUACUAUGCCAACUGAGCGAAUAA